CAACCAUCAGUUCGAAGUUACACGUAGAUUGUAUCUGAGCAGUCAGCACUUGUUUUCUACAUCGUUCUAAGGUAAGAUAGGAACAUGAAGGGUUCAAAACUUAUCAUAGUCAGUAUUUUCUUGCUAUCUCAAUAUGCGGCAGCAACAGGACAAUUUCCAUGCGCAAGGAAACCAUGCAAGAACACGAUACCAACAAACUUCACCGUUUACGAGAAGACAUUCUCUAUCAUAGCUGAAGGGCCAGCCACAGGCCAUUUCAAUAGGACAGAUCUCUUUCACGAUUUUUUCGCCCGUGCAGGAAUCACUUCACAAUCAGAAAUCGUCGCAAAAGGCAGAGAAUUUGUCGCCAAUAUGAUGACGAAAUACGGUGUGGAUGUGAGUGGUUUAACAGAUACGCAACUAUAUCUUGGUGAGACUGUUGAUUUGGGUGACUUCAUAUUCCUUACGGCUGUAAUAGAAAACAGUAUGCGAGUUAUAACUGAAACAACGCCGACACAGGCCAAAUAUUACAGAAAUGCUAAGGGGCAAAUGGCAGGGUAUAGACUUCACCCAAAGAUGUCUAUGACAUUGUCUGGUGGAUCAUGGGAGGGGACAAUUUCGCAGGAUUCUGCCCUUUGGGUUUCUUGGAUGGUGUUAGAAACGGACGAAGAUUGUGGAUUCCCCGGUGGAUUCAGUACAAAGCCUGAAGUAUUUACAGUUUUUCAAGCUGCUCCUGACGUUAUUGUAGAUGGUUUAUAUCCCAUAGUGUCAGAUAUAUCCUCCUGAAGAUAAAUAUGGAUGGGGGAAAGUGCAUGGAAUAUCAGCAUUCCGAGAUAGUAAUGCAUAUGCACUUGCCAUUAUAUUAAGAUUUCCGAUGUAAACAAGCUGUGUGUUCAGAAU